AGACUCUCGCCAUGACAACCAGCACAAACAAAAGGACAGCUCCCCCUGGAUAGCUGUCGGCAGGGACAGGCUCUGGGAAUGUCUCCGAAAAUCUCAAAGGCAAUCUGAUGAAACAUGCUCAAUGGCAACAAUGUAUGUAAAAUCCCAGCCAAGCAAAGCCAGCUUCAUUCCUCUACUAAUGGGAGUAACACAGAAGAACAUCACUUUCAUUGUGGACACGUCAGAGGCUAUAAGUGCUAUGUUAGGGGCAGUGAAAGACUUGCUUAUCCAGACUUUGCUAGCAAAGGCCUCACUCCGAGAUUCACUCUUCAACAUUGUCAGCUGCUCAUACAAGGUAACAAAAUGGAGGAAUCUCUCUGUUGUUUGCGCUCCUGAUACCGUGUUUGAAGUGCUAGGAUGGAUCCACUCUCUUGACACGUGUCCAGGCAGCGACCUUCUGACCGCUCUGGAGGCAGCUUUCUCGGACCCUCACUGCCAGGCUGCCCAUUGGUUGACCAGUGUUUUGCCUGAUCGCCCAGAGCAUUUCCUGAGAGGGCUGUCCACCAUGACACUGUGCCCAGUGCAUGUCUUCUUCCUGUCUCAUAACAGUCAGUUGGAGAGUAGAACUUUGGACUUCCUUCAGUGUCUGACUUCUGCCACUGGAGGGAGCUGCCAUCUUCUCCUGCUGGGCUUGAAUGGCUCCAUAGACAAGGUGUCUAUGUUGUAUGCUGUUGACAGUGCAAUAACCAGUCUGAGGGGGUCUGAAGAAAGUUGCUGUGGCUUGGGGAGACCUUUGGCACUAGCCAUGCAUUCUGUGCCAAUCUCCGCUCACAGAUUUCAGCAUGGAAAUCCCUUCGCUCCCAUAAUAACUUGCGGGUCAGAGAGUACCACAGGGCUCUCCCAGCUUUACCCUGGUUGCCGUGUCCUGGCCAGCAGGGAGACGGAUGGACUAUACUACCUGGGGACCAUAAGAGAACAAAUCCUGAACCACAGGGGAGUGUUCCUAGUGGAGUUUGACAGGCAGUAUCCAAAGGACUCCCCAGACUCCACUUCACCAUUUCAGCUGGUAUGUCCACCUGACAUGGUGCACCACACCCAUGCCCACAUCCACAGCCUGGUGCCAGGGGACACUGUUCUGGCUCCAUGGGGUCCAGAGCUGUGGAAGUAUGGCCCUGGAAGAGUGCUGACAGGCUCGGAACCCAGGGAUCCAUUCAGAGGGGUCAUAGGAAGUGGCCUCAGGGUUCUCUUUUGGAAUGGAAUAGAGGCAACUGUCCCUCCUGACUUGGCUUUGUGGAUCCCAGCCUCCCAACAUGAGCACAUUGUAAGGGAGCUACAACGUUUUCUGAAGACCCAGUGCAUCCACACCACCACUCACUGUGCUCCUGCUGUACUGCGGGGAUGCUGUGUCUGCUCCAUGAGUUGUUGCCACUCAGCGUCUCAGUGCCACAGCUCCGUGAUGCCACUGAAGACCCUCUGUCUGCCGACCACCCACCACUUCCUCACACAAGAGCAGAGUCAGAGGGAGCAGCUCAUGAGGAAGGUUGACCUUAAGCUGCAGGAGCUCCACACAAGUGCAGCAACCCCCACCAGACCUCUUCUAUCAGCCUUUUCUGACGGCGAGGAUGACAAAGAUGAGGAAGGUGACAGAGGAUACCCAGGGCUGGAGCUUGUAAGCCAGGCAGUGAAUACAGACCUGUCCUUCCUGGGUCCAACCAGGGCAGAGCCCCAGAGCAGACCCAGCUGGAGGUACUGGAGAAGUAGUCCUACUGAACCUCAUCAUAAGAAACCCGAAAAGCUGGCAAUGGGAAGCAUCUUGCCUGUCAGCAUCGGUUCACCUGAGCUUCAGAUGAGACGUAUAAAUCAGAGCUCUGUGUUUCAGAAGAUUCCCGGGUCAGCAGGGAGAAAGGCCACUAUUCAGGAGAUAUUUAGUAUUACCAAACCUAAACUACAUCAGACAGCUGGACACUACAUGUUAGAAGCUGGAAAAACUAUGCAAGAAUAGGCUAAGAAUGUGUGAGUAUCAGUGUUUU